AGAAAAAGAGAAAUGAAUAGGCAACGCCGCCGUUUCUUCAAUGGCGGAAAGACAUAUGGGAAGGUUGCACACACAACGCAGCAAAGCUCAACAAACUCUGUUACCCUUAUUCGUUUCUAUCACUCUUAAAUACACAACACCACAAAACCGCAUUCCCUCUUUCUGUGUGUUCGUUUUCUUCUUUUAUCUCUGAUUUUCAAACCCUUUCUUCCUCUCGAAAACAAAAUCACUGACACUUGCAGCGAUCCUUCGAUCUUCAAGCUCCUGGUUUUUUGUGCAGUGAGGGUUUCUGUUAUUCGAAUUGGAACGCCUAUCAAGAUUUUAGGGUUUAUGUUCAGUUGGAAUUGAGGGGAAAGUUAUAGUUCAAUAUGGGAUUCGAUAAUGAGUGCAUUGUCAAUAUUCAAUCACUUGCGGGAGAGUACUUCUGUCCAGUUUGUCGCCUCCUUGUGUACCCAAGCGAGGCUAUGCAGUCACAAUGCACUCACUUAUACUGCAAACCAUGCUUGACAUAUGUAGUGAGCACAACGAGAGCUUGCCCAUACGAUGGUUACUUGGUCACUGAGGCGGAUUCUAAGCCUCUUACAGAGUCGAAUAAGGCACUUGCUGAAACUAUUGGAAAAAUACCUGUUCAUUGCCUAUAUCACAGGAGUGGAUGCAUAUGGCAAGGAACAUUGUCCGAGUGUACAUCUCAUUGUUCUGGAUGUGUUUUUGGCAAUUCUCCUGUUGUUUGCAAUAGGUGUGGAAUCCAAAUAGUGCAUCGACAAGUACAAGAGCAUGCACAAAGUUGUCCUGGUGUGCAAAGUCAGGCACAGCAGGUUGCCGUUACCCAGGAACCUUCAGCCACCAGCACAGUUGCCUCUACUGAUCAGAACCAGACUGCUGCUCCAGUUGGAGCUGUGGCUUCACAAGCUUUGAAUUCUCAAACCGCUGUUACAACAACUACAUCUGGGCAGGAUUCGAGUCAGCUACCUAACCCAUCAUCUCAAUCUCAACCAACGCAGAAUGUUCAGACUGCUGCACCAACCGCAGAGCAAUGGUAUCAGCAGCAACAAUAUCAACAAUACUACCUGCAAUACCCUGGUCAAGAUCCUUAUCAACAGCAGUAUCAACAUUACUACCCUUAUCAGCAACCAGUAGGUCCACAGUACCAGCAGCCCUACAGCCAGCCCCAACCUCAGUCCCAGCCCCAGCCCCAGCCCCAGCCCCAGUCCCAGUCCCAGUCCCAGUCCCAGCCCCAGCCUCAGCCACAAGCCCAACACCAAGCGCAGCCUCAACUUCAACCGCAGGGAGUUUCUAAUCCGCUUCCACAAGUUCCGGCUCCUGUGGCUCCGCAACCACAGAAUCAGAUGCAAGUUAACCAACAACAGCAGCAGCUUCAACCUGCUGUAACGCCACAUGGUCAGAUUCUGCCACAGAGUAAUCCACCGGGUCUCACCCAAGCACUCUCUCAGCCUCAGUCUUCAUAUCCUUACCCCCUAGUUCCUCAUGCUGUCCAGCCUCACCCUCAACCUCAGCAACAUAUGCAAAUUCCUCCUUAUCAGCAGCCUCACUCUCAAGCUCAGCAUUCACAGCCUCAAAUUCAACAGCCAGCUCAGAAGUAUCCUGUUUCUCAACCUCAAGUUCAUUCACAAGCACACCCUAAUGCUCCAGUUCAACAUCUUUCUCAGUCCCAAAUGCGUCCUCACCAGUCCCUAACUGCUAGUGUCCAACCUCAAGGACAAAAUGCAUCGUCAAAUGCAGUAACAGGCUUUCAAUCUUAUCCACAACCACAACCUCAACUUCACCAGAGUACUCAGCCAGGAGCUCCUCAACAUGGUAUGCAGAUGCAUGCUCAAAGUGGGCCUCUGCCUCAUGCUCAGCAUCCAGUCCUGAUGCAGAAUCAGUUUCCUCAGCAAAUUCCAGUGAUGCACCCACAUCAAACUCCGGUGAUGUUUCCUAAUCAGCAACAGCCAGCUUUAUUGCCUUCACCUGUUCAAGGCCAAGGUACCCCUCCUAUCCAACAGCAGCCGGUUUUUAAUCCCAAUCAACAACCUGGUCCAAUUAACCACCGUCCUACCCUGCAACCAGUUCAACAAAGUUUGGCUCAGCAACCUUUUGCACACAUGCCCAUGUCUUCUCAUUUACGACCUCAAGGUCCAGGACAUUCAUUUCCCAGGCAUUCUUAUCCACCCGCACAAGGUAAUCCUGCACCGUUAAAUAGCACUCAGCUCAGUCAAUCCCAAAAUGCUGUUGGAAAACCUUCAAUCCCCAAUCAUCCAAUACAAAUACAGCCAUUUGCACACACUGCUAAUAACAUUCCAGUUAGACCAGGGCAAACUGGUUCCAGCCACCUGCCCGAAAACCAUAAUUUGUUGGUUGGGACCAAUAAUCAAGUGCAGCUAUCUUCUGAUUUGCAGUCUGGGGCUCCAGCACCUCAUGAAAGGCAAGGCAAUGCCACUGAACAGCACACUGACUCUGCCACUGGGAAACUUGCUAAAAAUUCUAAAGAUUUUUAUACAGCAUCGUUAUCAGAAAAUGAGUUGAAAUCUGAAAAGGUCAAAAUGGAUAUAAAGCCUAUUGAUGCUGGGAACAAGCAAAAUGGUGGAGAUCAAAAUGCCGUGAAAACCUCAGGCCCAAAUGUCAAUUCAUUAGAAAAUGGUGAUUCAGUGGGUCAGAGUGUUGGUAAGGAAGAGGUUGCUGAAAAUAACGGUAAUGAGCAUUCUGCUCCCAAGGGCAAUGAGAAUCAAGAUGGUCCUCUGCUGAAGAUGGAAACCAAGAAAGAGUCUGAAACUGAUGAAGUGAAUAAUGAUGAUGCACACACUUCAAGACCUGCUGCUGAUCAUGGUAAGCAACAUCAGCCAAUGACUGAAUAUGCUGCUGUCCAGCAGAGGUCUUCUGCAAUGUUAGGAUCACAGGUGCUACGUCCAGCAGGGCCAAAUGAUCCUCUCCCUUCUGGACACUCUUCUACUUUUGUAAGGAAUCAUGUACCUACCCAUGAUCCUCAUUUGGGACAGGCAACCAUGUUAAAGCAGCCGCAAGGUAUUGGCACCCAAUUUGGCACACCAGGGCAAAACUUUCAACCUCAGUCUCUUGGACCUGCAGCGCCAUAUAAUCAAGGUCAGGAACCUCCUUUUCAUGCUGGUGCAUCUAAUUCAUCUCGUAUUGGAGGGCCACGAUUUAGUGCACAACCUUCUAGAGAUAUGCACGGUGGGUUGACUGCCAAUAUGCUAGUACAUGCUUCUGAUGAUUUUGGUUUCCGGGAUGAAAGGUUUAACUCUUUCCCGGCACCAGGACAUCAAAAUUUUGAUCGAAGAGAGUUUGAAGAUGGUAUCAGGAAAUUCCCUAGGAUGCCUUUGGACACUGAGCCAGUUCCUAGAUAUGGAAAUCAUUCAUUUGAUCCACUCGAGGCAGGGAAGAGGCCAGUUGGUUUCCAUGAUGAGGCCAUUAACAAAUCAGGUGCUACUCUCCACCCUGGUUAUCUUGGCCUAGGUCCUGGACAUGGGAGACAUCACAUGGAUGGUAUGGCUCCCAGAAGUCCUGGUGGUGAAUAUCCUGAUAUGCCUCCCCAUAGAAUGCGGCCCCACUCUGGUGGGCUUGUUGGUAAGGCAGAUAUAGAUGAUUUUGAUGGAAGAGCUGCACGUCAUUUUGGUGAGCCAUUUGGCAUUGCAUUCCAUGAUAGUCGGUUUCCUCGUCUGCCUGGUCAUUUGCAUAGAGAUGAGUUUGAGGGUUUUGGUAAUUUUCGAUUGGGUGAACAUCCAAGGGAUGGUAAUUUUAUUGGCCAAGAUGAAUUCGCUGGUCCAUUUCAAAGGGGUGAACAUUUUGGUCCGCAUAACUUUUCAAGGCAAUUGCAUCAAGGGGAACCUAUAGUUUAUGGUGCCCAUCCUGGCUCUCGAAGUUUUGAAUCUUUCAGCAAAGGAAACAGGCCAGGUCAUCCGCAGCUUGGUGAACCUGGGUUCAGGAGCAGCUUUUCUCUUCCUGGAUUUCCUAAUGAUACUGGAUUUUUACCAGGAGAAGCCAGGCCAUUUGAUAAUGUGAGAAGGAAGCCUGCUAGCAUGGGUUGGUGCCGGAUAUGUAGAGUUGAUUGUGAAACAGUUGAAGGUUUGGACUUGCAUUCUCAAACAAGGGAGCACCAGAGGACGGCUAUGGAUAUAGUUAAAAGCAUCAAACAAAAUGUGAAGAAACAAAAAUUAAUACCAACUGAACAUUCCUCAGUCAAAGAUGGAAACAAGACAAGAAACACUGGUUUUGAGGGUCGAGGAAAUAAACAUUGAGUAGCCAUCGUUUGCGGUUACUUGGCUUUCAUGCAUAUUUCAACCAAAGAUGUUGCUGUGGUUGCUACCAUCAUAUUAAUGGAGAUGUUUUUGGGAUCUCAAGUACAUUGGCAGUUAAGUUUGUUGGCUUUUGAAUUUGAAAUUAAUUUAUAAUUAGAAUAGUUGUUUCAACCUUUGUGCUCUGUUAACAGUUUGUCGUUUUAUUCUGCCCAUGUUGCUUAGAUGCUAAUGGUAAGGACAAUACAUAUGAAUGUUUAUCUUUUGGGCUUUAGUAGAGGCCUCCAUUGUCCAUUGAUGCCUCUGCAUUAUGGUAUGAUAUGUUGUGCUGUCUAGUUAAUUUUCUGAAAAUGUUUCUUGAUAAAGGCUAUGCAAUUUCCAUUAUUAUGUGUUGUUGUGUAUAACUUCUCAACACUAUCAUAGAAAAGGGAUAUUCCUAUUUGGAGCUA